GGGAAACAUUAAUCAAUUCAACUACUUAUUGAGCAUUUAGUAAAAGCAAUGAUAAACAAAAUUUAAUUGUCUUUAAGUACAUGAAGGAUUCAAGUAAAGUUAUAUAUAAAUCAUGGCAGAUUCCAAAGGAUUUAUUGCUCCUGAUGGAGGCUGGGGAUGGAUGGUGGUCAUAGCAUUCGCUAUAGCCAAUAUGAUAGUUGUUCCGCUGAUUCACGGAUUCACUUUAAUUUACAAAGAUACAUUCGCAGAUAUUGGAAUGUCUACAACAAACGUUUCUGUAGUUUUAAGUAUAAACACAUCAUUUGGGAUGUUAUUAGGCCUUAUAAAUGGGCCUCUUUUAAGAAAAUAUGGCUUUCGGAAAAUGGCCUUGAUCGGAGGGGCUUUGACUACUAUUGGAAUUAUAGCAACUGCUCCUGCAAGAACUUUUGAACAUUUUAUUGCCACAUACAGUAUCAUAACUUCAAUUGGAUUCAGCCUAGUGUUUGCUUCAUACUCUUUAGCAUUAAAUACGUAUUUUAAAAAAAGGAGGCACAGGGCUGCUGGAAUCGCCAUGACAAUAACCGGUAUUGGGCCAAUUUUCGUUCCACACAUGAUAGCAUAUUUUCUUCAUAUGUAUGGAGCCUUUGGUUGCAUGUUAAUGUUUGGCGCUAUCGCGACCCACACAUUUGCAACCGCUUUAAUCCUGCAGCCAGUUAAGUGGCAUAUGAAGAAAGAUGAUUCUAAUCAAGAAAUGAAGGAAUUUGCAAAAAACGAGAAACUAGACCCUUCGAAGGAACUUGAAGAAAAACAAAAACUAUGUGCUGAUAUGAAUACAGAUAAAGAUUGUUCUGUGAAAUUGAAAUCAGAACCCAAAAUAGUGGACAGUAUUUGGGAUGUGUUUUUGUCCGAAGAAGAACAUGAGUAUUUGGAAAAGAAAAAAAAUCAGCGGCCAGUUACUUUAGCGAUGAUGGACGGAGAGCAAAUAUAUAAAAAUGAAACAUCAUCAAAAGAUCAGGAAAAUAUGUCUGCCACUACAACAUGCUGCACGAAAUUUACUAAUAAUAUCGUGCAGUUUUUCGAUUUGAAGUUAUUAGCAGAUUCAACGUACGUUGCAAUAAUGAUAGGAAUCUCAACUGCCAUUUUUUCGGAAAUGAAUUUCUCGAUGUUAACCCCGUUUAUACUUGGCGACAUGGGAUUAAACCGGAAUCAAAUCGCUUCCGUAAUGUCGGCGAUUGCAAUUUCCGACAUCAUUACGAGAUUCGUGUGUCCAUUCAUUGGUGACUAUUUUAAACAGUCGCCGAGGAUGAUGUUUUCGCACAGUGUUGUUAUAUUGAUUUUAAUUAGAACAGGUUUGAUUUAUUCCACCACCUAUUUGCAAAUAAUGUUGUGCGGUUUAGUCAUUGGUGUGUCCAAAGGCAUUCGAACAGUCUAUUCUGGACUGAUUAUACCAAAUUAUGUUCCAUUAGAUAGAUUACCAUGUGCCUUCGGUUUACAAAAUGUAUCAAAUGGUAUAUUUGUUCUAGGAUUUGGACCUUUACUAGGUAUUAUACGUGAUUCUUCCGGAUCUUAUACAAAAGUGAUGAUUUUUCUAAAUGCUGUUAUGCUUUUUAUUAUUGUUUUAUGGGGCGCAGAAAAUUGGUGA